AUGUCGCGUGUGCACGUUACACACUAUGGCACGUUUACACCUUACUCCGACCUGAGCAGACAUAAAAGUGACCGGUGCAAGGAAACCCCGGGUGAACAAGCCCGUGCUAGUAGUUAUACUUACUUGUUGCAAGGCAUAGACUUCAAACAGAAGAUAAUAAAUUUAGACGGUGUGCCAAUCAAACUCCAAAUAUGGGAUACUGCUGGACAGGAGAGAUUUCGAACACUGACCACUGCGUACUAUCGCGGCGCCAUGGGCAUUAUACUGAUGUACGAUAUAACUAAUCUCGAAUCAUUCAAUCAUCUCUCCUAUUGGCUGAGGAACAUCCAAGAGUAUGCAUCCCCCGAUGUCAUCAAGGUGUUAGUUGGAAAUAAGUGUGAUGUGCACGAGAACCACAGAGCAGUUCCCAAGGAGAGAGGCCAAAAGAUAGCGGAUGAUUUCGACAUGCCGUUCUUCGAAGUGUCGUGUAAAAGCAACAUAAACAUUGAAGAAGCAUUUCUGACGCUAGCAAGGAAAAUCAGAGAAUACCGAGAGACUAAGGUACCUAAGGACAAUAGACUAUUUCAACGAAGUAAUACUAAGAAAAACUCUACAAGUUUGAGUUCGGAUCUAUCUCCCGACUGA